AUGGCCUCUGUGGCGCCCCCCAGCGCCUCAGAGGCUGGUGAUGGGCAGGACCGCGAUGCAGCGCCGCUGCCUCCAGCCGGAGCAGGGCAGGGAGCAGCAGAGGAGCGCGCGGCGGCAACCGCGGGCGACGACACGCCAGGCGGCGCCGCCGGUGCUCCCACGUCAGACGCUGGCGCCUCUGGCAGCGCAUCGGGCCAGCUGAUGCACGCCCAGCCUGCCGCAGCACAGCCGCGGGGCCAGCUGGCGGCCACGGGCACCGCAGGCACGCCGGCGGCGGCCGCGGCGCAGGCGGCCGCAGCGGGCUUAGCGCCCCCAGGCCCCGCCGCCGCCCGGCAGCAGCAGGCGCAGCAAGGGCCGGGUGGCCGCGCCACCGCAGCAGCGACAGCGGCGGCUGCUGCAGUGCCCGGCUGCGGCGCGGAGCUGGUGACCGCCAAGGGGUACUACAGACGGUACCGCAUCUGCCAGCUGCACUGCAGCAUGGCCAGCAUGCAGAUGGAUGGGCGGGAGCAGCGCUUCUGCCAGCAGUGCGGCAGGUUCCAGGACAUCGGGGAGUUUGAGGGCAGCCGCAAGAGCUGCCGGCGAAAGCUGAAGCGGCACAACGAGCGGCGGCGCGUCGAAUAUGUGCGGGAGAGCGAGGAGGAGGAGGAGGAGGCUCAGCAGGAGGAAAGCGAGGCGACUGAGGAGCGGGAGGAGGAAGCACUGCUGGGCGGGUCGGGCGCGGGGAGGCGACGGCGGCCGCACCCCGCUCGCAGCGCCUCUGCCGGCGUCGCCGCGGGCAGCGCGGGCGGAACGGCGGGCAGCAGGGGCCGCGCGGCGCGCAGCGGCAGCGACGCCGCGGUGGCGGCGGUGGCGGCGGCGGCCUCGGGGGCGGCGGCGGCCGCCGCCGCGGCCGCCGCCAGCGCGGCCGGCCUGCAGCAGAGCCUCCGCGAGGGCGACGCUGCGGCGGCGGCGGCGGCGGCGGCGGCGCUUCCGGAGCUGCCCGCUCUCAUGCUGCCCGGCCCGCUGGGCGCGGCAGCCGGCGCCGCCGCCCCGCUGCUCUCGGUCCCCAUCGUGGCGCCGCAGCUGCUGGCCGCGGCGCAGCAGCAGGCGCAGCAGCGGCAGGCGGCGCAGCAGCAGGGGCAGGCGCAGCAGCGGCAGGCGGCGCAGCAGCAGGGGCAGGCGCAGCAGGCGCAGCAGGCGCAGCAGCAGCAGCAGUGGCGGCAGGGGCAGGGGCAGGAGCAGCAGGCCACCUCUCCGGUGGGGAGCCUGCCGGGCAUGCCGGACCUGCAGCUGCCCGCCUCUAACAGUCCUUUCUACCUGGAGCUUCCCAGCCCCUUCCUGGGCUCCACCCCCACCUCCGGCGCAGCCCCGGAAGCUGCCGGGCAGCUGCAGCAGGGCACGCUGACGAUGCCACGCGGCGGCAGCGGCGCCGGCGCCGGCGCCCCACCCGCCGGCCUGGCCCCGCUGGUGCAGCGCACAGCCUCCCUGCAAGAGCAGCUGGGGAUCGCGCAUGCGCACUCGCAGGCGACGGCGGCGGCGGCGGCGGCGGCUGCAGGCGCGCAGCUGGCGGCGCGCGGCAGCCUGGCGGGCAUGGCGGCGGGCGGCGGGCCCAUGCUCGAGGCUCAGGGCUCUGCGGUCGGCGGCGCCGAGGCGGGCGCCGCCGCCGCCGUGCCCGCCGUCGCCCCGCUGGCGGCGGCGGGCGCAGGCGGCGCGGCGGCUGUGCCGGCAGAGGACCUGCUAGUGUUCAACUGUGCCCCCGACCAGCUGCUGCCUCUGGUGAGGGCUGAGCUGGAGCGGCUCACCCAGGCCUCCCCAGCCAUGCUAGAGGGCUACAUCCGCCCAGGCUGCACCCACCUCACCCUCAGCCUGCUGCUGGCGUGGGGCGAGGCGGAAGGGCUGCUGGCGCGCGGCCUGCCGCUGCGCCGCUGGCUGGCGGGCGGCGCGCUGGGCCCGCUGGCCCGCCAUGACAUGGUGGUGCAGUUUGGCGGCCAGCUCACGACGCUGCGUGGCGGCCAAGUGGCGGCGGCCAUCGACCUGCGGCGCCCUCCCGCGGGCCUGGCGGCCGCCGGGCUGCCGCGCCUGGCCAGCCUGCACCCUUUCUGCGUGCUGGCGGGGCAGCCAGGCGUGGUCACCCUGAGCGGCACCAGCAUCACCGGCAGCCGUGACCUGGUGCUGUGCCGCCAGCAGGGGCGGCACCUGGCUGCGGAGUUCCACGGCGCAGGCUGCGAGGGCACUAGCGGCGGCGGCGGCGGCGGCGGCGGCAGGGAGGACCCUGGCCCCCUGCAGCCGCCGCCAGCCAAGCGCGCGCGCCUCGCCGCCGCGCCGGCCGGGCGAGAGGAGGAGGGGCGUGGCGGCUGCAGCAGCGGCCGGCGGCAGGGCUGCGCCGCGGGCCGGGGGCCACCGAACGGGCGCCAGCCGCCGGAGCAGCUCUGCAUCAAGCCCCUAGGAGUGCUGCCAGGCUGGGUGGAGGUGGAGGUGCAGCGCGGCUGCGUGCUGUCCGAGCCGCUGCCGCUGCUGGCGCUGCCGUGCGCCGCCGCCGUGGCCGAGGUCCGCCAGCUGGCCGCCGACAGCGCAGGCAUCUGCGACGCGCCUGCCUUCCUGCGGCGCGUGGGCCUGGUGGUACAGUACCUGUCCCGCCGCCAGCUGGCAGCCGCGGGGCACCGUGUGGCGCCCUACCCGCCAGCCACGCGCCAGCGCAUCGCCCGCAUGGCAUGCCAGCUGGCAGAAGUGGCGGCUGGCCGAGGCUGGCAUGCGCUGGCCGCCCUGCUGCACCCGGCGCAGGCAGCGGCAGCGGGCGGCGAGCGGCACGCGGGCGGCUGCUGCGGCAGCAGCCCUGCGGUGGCUCCACCCGCAGCCGCGGCGGUAGCAUUGCCGCCAGCGACAGCAGAAGCGGCAGCGGCAGCCUGCGGAGCGCCUCCACACUCCAUGCCGCUCUCAGCAGCGGCGGCAGCAGGCAGCGGCGCGCAGCGCGAGCCUGCGCCUGCGCCGCAGCAGCAGGUGGAAGCCAGCAGCUGCUGCAGCAUCGGCAGCUGA